AUGUCGGGUAUCGAGAUUGUCGGAGUCGUCGCGAGCAUCAUACAGAUUGCUGAGCUCGGAGGCCGCCUCUCUGUCAAGCUCUGCACGUUCUGCCAUCAAUUCAAAAACGCAGAUAAAGCAUUGCGGCUGCUCUCCAAAGACGUAGCCCUCACUUGCAGCGUCCUACGUCAGCUUGGAGACAGCCUGGGCCAAGAUGACCUGGCGAGCUUGUACUCUCCAGAUGCCUUUAAGACGGCUCAAGAUGUGCUGAAAGAAUGUGAGCAGGUCUUUCACGACUUGGACUCUGCCCUCGAGCAGCAUCGUUCCGAUGCGCCAUCUCAUACGCGCUUGGAGAGAAUGACUCGGAAGAUCAAAUUCUUGAUGAACGAGCCCCAUCUCGAGACGGUCGCUGGGAAUCUAGAAAGGCUCAAAUCCACUAUGCUCUUGAUGUUGAAUGUGGUGAUCUAUGCUGGGCAGAUUCGGAGUCGUCGGGAGACGCAUGAAAUCCAAGCGCAGCGCAAUAUCUUGCUUGUGUUAACGAAUGAAAAGAUUGCGAGUGAAGCCAACUAUGAGAAACUCACCCGAGCACUUCAAUUCACGACUCUUACCGUCGAGAAUGUGAGUGAUGGUGUUGCGAAUGCGACUCAACCAGAGACUUUUCGAGAUGAACUUUCUCAUUACUGCGACAUGGUCAAGUCUGUACUUUACCAGAUCGACCGAGUCCAAGAUAUGCUGAGUAUGGAUCGAUACGCACGAGUGAGGAACGGGUUUGUCGACUUGCACCAGAAAGAAGCCGUAACUCUUCAACAUGUUCAUGGCCAAAAAGCUGUCGAUCUUUUUCAAAGGUCUUUACAAACAUGCUACAAGACCGAGUUUCAUCAGGCAAAUCCCACUUCUUCACCAACGCAGGCUCCUCGACGGUCUGGCAACUCAUGUGAGCAGGUUUUCUCAAGUCAUUUGCCACCAGCAACUGCAGAUUCUGCAUCUCGAUCUUUGCAAUCCUCAAGGCUCAAUGCAAGGGAAUUACCAAAGUGGCCCCUCCAUGAAAGGACUGAAAUGGCCGAUAUAGCAUACGCCCAGCAACAGGCUCAGCAACAGGCUCAGCAAGCCUCAAAGACCACUCGAUUCCUGAAAACUCGAGCCAGGCCUCAAACACACAUGCAUCCCUCAUAUUACGACACCACACCACAACUCCUCUGUCGUUACCCCCGAAAGUCAACCCAAGACGUCACAGAUCACCAGCAUGAGCAUAUAGCCCAGAAUUUGUUUCCAACGUGGCACACGCAACAUGGAGCAAUGAAUCGGGGAUCCAUUCCCGAAACCACGACGCUGCAGCCUGGAUUUCCAGAUUCAAAUACACUGUCGGCUCGUGAUAUUCCUGGCCAGCGGCCCUUGGAGACGGCUGCAACCGAGAACAGCACCGCUGAAUACAACUUCGAUGUAGUCACCGAUGCUUCUGCUGACGUUCUUGAUGGCUUUGACUUUGACUCAUUCUUGCACGGGGAAGCAGACAACAACUCACAGUUCACUUUUAAUGGCUCGGGAUCCUCGGCAAUCUUGGAUUCACAAGAACCUUUGCUCGGGGGCAGCAGCAGCACGGGGGAUCCACCAAUCUCAAAAAAUACACCAUCAGCAGCUACCAGCACGGACCAAAGGACUCCCAUUACAAAGCCCGUCUCAACCCUUUCAACCGGCGAACAAGCUCCUCUAGACAGAGGUCGGAAGCGGCCCCUACACGAUGGGAUAGGCAAGAGUAGGAGAUCACAGCCUCGGCCACGACUUGAAUCGCCACAGGGCAGGAAGACGCAUGUUUCGAAAUCACGCUCCAGACACACGGCGGGUAAAUCCCCAUUACAGGACACAUCUUCGUAUGCAUGGAAGUCUAGAAAUUCGGGAAAAGACGGUCUAUCCUCGGAUGGUUCGAGACGAGAGGGGAAUCCUGACGAAGUAGCUCUUCAUUCGUGGAUUUUGCAGUGGACGAAACUUGAAGAGAGCGAGCUGAAUUGA